AUGUUGUCGAAUCCUCUUCAACGAUACUCUCCAUAUCAAAACCUCAACCAGUCCCCGGUCGGCCCUAACGGGCAAACUCAACAGUCAUCCCUAACACACCAUGGCCUCGAUUCACUCGGUCAGGCCACGCAAUACAAUCUUCAACUUCAACAGCAUGCCGCGAUGCAGGAUCCUCAGCUGGCUAGAGUAGCACCACAGCCCAAACAGCGGCAACCGAGCUUUGGUUCCAGUGGGCGAGGGACCUCAGGGCAGGUCAGGCGAAGGAUCAGUCGUGCCUGUGAUCAAUGCAAUCAGCUAAGGACAAAAUGUGAUGGUCAACAUCCUUGCGCCCAUUGUCUUGAAUUUGGGCUUGGCUGCGAAUAUGCUCGAGAAAGGAAGAAACGCGGGAAAGCGUCUCGGCGAGAUCUGGCGGCCCAGGCAGCAGCUCGUGCUGCGGCAGAGUCAACUAACGGGCAGAGACGAGGCUCGAACAGUGGUGGCGAUGGGUCUAUGGAAUCAGAAGUGCAGCCGAGCGUGGACUCAGUUUCGAAACACACCGAAAACCAAAAUCACGAACUCAACCAGCAUGAAGCGGAUAACUCUGUGGAUCAAUUUGAAGAAUCCGCCAUGGCCGCAGCGUCUGCGACCGGAGUCGAAGAUUCAAUUCGCGUCGAUCAUCAUGGAUUAGAAAAUGGCCAUGUGGACAACGCACAAGCGAUCGAUAUGAACGGAUUCGCAAACAUGCCCCAUGGUUUUGAAAGGCAAGAUAUCGGCGCACAGCUUAUGGAAAGCCGCCCGUACGAAACCCAUCAAGGCCAUCCUCUUGCAGGGUAUCAAGAAUUACCUUUUCCUAUGCAAGAUCAAAGCCCCCCGAAUUUCCAAACGAAUGGCGGAUUUCGGAUAGGGAACAGUCCCCUUGGAGGUUAUGCGAUUGGUGCGGGGGCGCCAUCUCCCGGCUGGGGUAUACCUUUCUCAUCACCACCGGCGGCUGCGUUUGGCGGUAGUCGGGUUCACCAAGGCAGUUUCGAUUCCACCCACCAGAAUGGCCCAAGCAUGCGGUAUCCGGUUCUUGAACCAUUACUUCCACAUCUCGGAAACAUCUUGCCGAUUUCACUAGCGUGCGAUUUGAUCGAUUUGUACUUUGCUUCGUCCUCGUCUGCGAAAAUGCACCCAAUGUCACCAUAUGUGCUAGGCUUCGUCUUCCGCAAGCGUGCUUUCUUGCACCUAACGCGACCACGGAGGUGUCAACCUGCGCUUUUAGCCAGUAUGCUAUGGGUUGCUGCUCAGACGAGUGAUGCUUCUUUCUUAACCAGCAUGCCUUCCGCCCGAAGCAAGACGUGUCAAAAGCUCUUGGAGCUCACGGUUGGCUUACUUAACCCUUUGAUACACGUAUCUGCAGGCCAGCCUUCUCCAGGAACACAUCCUGGUACCCAAGGGGCCGUGUCACUGGGUGGGCUCGGUGUCGCCCUGCCCGGUUCCAUCAGUAUGAGCGCUUUGACAGGCGAGUCUGGUGCAUUUGGUGCUGCGGGUAGCCUGGACGAUGUUAUUACUUAUAUUCACUUGGCCACCGUUGUUUCUGCUAGUGAAUACAAGGGCGCUAGUCUGAGGUGGUGGAACGCAGCAUGGUCUCUUGCUCGAGAGUUGAAGCUUGGUCGUGAACUACCCCCGAGCGCAAUGCCCCUGCAUUCUGACCAGGGAGACCUUGAGACGGAUGGCUUGGAUGAGCACGACCUUCAUCGGAAUAAUUCGAAUUUUGUCACUGAAGAAGAACGGGAAGAGCGGAGACGCAUAUGGUGGCUUGUUUACAUUGUUGACAGACAUUUGGCUCUCUGCUACAAUCGCCCUUUAUUUCUUCUUGACAUCGAAUGCGAAGGGCUUCUACAGCCACUAGACGAUUCGGAAUGGCAGAGGGGCGACUUCGGCAGCUCAUGUAACGCCAAGAUCGAUCCCAAUGUCCUCAAUCCGAUACCCGAAGGGUCAACUGCGGACUUGAUCCGGCCACGUGGGCCAGGAUUCGACUGCCGAGGGCAUGGAAUAUUUGGCUAUUUCUUGCCGCUUAUGACGAUUCUCGGUGAAAUUGUUGAUUUGCAUCAUGCGAGGAAUCACCCCCGUUUCGGAGUCGGAUUUCGAUCUAACGGCGAGUGGGACGAACAAACGGCCGAAAUUGCGCGUCACCUGGAGAUGUAUGAGCAAACCCUGAAAGCGUUUGAGCAGCACAACCUGCCCAAAUCUUGCGAUGACAAGGGCGAGUCUGGCCUCGGUCAUCACGAGGAUAUGGGCGGUGCGAGCGUAGAAGCAUCAACCCCUUCUGUCAAAUCAGUUCACACAAGCUCGUCUGGCCGGAUGACGGAGAGUGAUAUUCAAACUCGUAUCGUCAUUGCAUAUGGCACACACGUGAUGCAUGUUUUACAUAUUCUACUUGCAGGAAAAUGGGACCCUAUUAACCUAAUUGAUGAUGAAGAUCUCUGGAUCUCUUCGCAAGGCUUCAUCACGGCUACUAGUCAUGCCGUAUCAGCGGCUGAUGCUAUCAGCCAUAUAUUGGAAUUCGACCCUGGCCUGGAAUUCAUGCCUUUCUUCUUCGGCAUCUAUUUGCUCCAAGGCUCUUUUCUUCUUCUCUUGAUAGCAGACAAGUUACAACUUGAUGCAUCGCCAAGCGUUGUCAGAGCUUGUGAGACCAUUGUCCGGGCGCACGAAGCUUGCGUUGUAACCCUAAGCACCGAGUACCAGCGAAACUUUAGUAAAGUAAUGCGGAGCGCCUUAGCCCAAGUACGAGGUCGUGUACCGGAGGAUCUCAACGAACAAAAUCAAAGGCGGCGAGAAUUGCUGGCAUUAUACCGAUGGACUGGGGAUGGCACUGGACUGGCUCUGUAA